ACAAAAACCCCCCCAGAUGUCUAAGAACUCACAAGUUGAAGAAAAUGGAGGAGAAGCGCCAAUCUCUGAAGCAUUGAAGAGAUUCAAGAAAUCGAGGCUCGUGUUCGAGCCGUCUCUAGGAGUGUUGGGAUUUCUCGAUGAAGGGUUCAGGUGUAGUGAGUAUGGAAGGUCUGAUUUGUUCUAUACCCAGUGGCGAUGGCAACCCAGACACUGUAAUUUGCCCAGAUUUGAUGCGAAACUGAUGCUAGAGAAGCUCCGGGACAAGCGGAUAGUGUUUGUCGGAGACUCAGUAGGAAGAAACCAGUGGGAGUCUCUUCUUUGUCUACUGUCUUCUGCAGUCAAGAACGAGAGCUCGGUGUAUGAAGUGAAUGGAAGUCCAAUCACAAAGCACAGAGGUUUCUUGGUGUUCAGAUUCGAGGACUACAAUUGCACUGUGGAAUACUACAGAUCUCCGUUUUUGGUCCCCCAGAGCAGACCACCGGUUGGAUCGCCAGCGAAGGUUAAGACAAGUUUGAAACUCGAGACUAUGGAUUGGACUUCUAGCAAAUGGAGAGAUGCAGACGUUUUGGUGCUCAAUACAGGACAUUGGUGGAACUACGGCAAAACUAUUAGAAUGGGAUGCUACUUUCAAGAAGGAGAAGAAGUGAAAUUGAAGAUGAACGUAAAUGAUGCGUAUAAGCGAGCUAUGGAAACUGUUGUGAAAUGGGUACAAACCGAGGUCGAUUCAAACAAGACUCAAGUCUUCUUCCGCACAUUCGCCCCUGUGCAUUUCAGGGGAGGAGACUGGAGAACAGGAGGAACAUGUCACAUGGAGACAUUGCCUGAGAUUGGAACCUCACUGGUUUCAUCAAAGACAUGGGACAAGUUAAAGAUCCUCGGAGAUGUGCUGUCACGUUACUCCAACAGAUCAGAGACUGUUAAAAUGAAAGUGUUGAAUAUAACGGCAAUGGCUGCUCAACGAAAAGACGGUCACCCAUCGCUCUACUACCUCGGUUCGCUUGGUCCUGCACCGCUUCAUCGCCAAGACUGUAGCCACUGGUGCCUUCCCGGUGUUCCUGACACUUGGAACGAGCUACUUUAUGCGUUGUUUAUGAAACAAGAAGCUUCUUCUUCUAAAAGACCCCAAGUAGCAAAUAGUCGAGGGAAUGUCACAAUGUCG